GACCACAGAUAUUCCUUAGUUCAGUUUAGUCGCUCAUACUCCGUUCUUGGAAUGCUUAGUUGUGGAUAAAACGGGGAGCGCUGCUUUGGACAGUCACCGUCGCUGGAUGCUUGGUUGUUUCUAACUUUAGCAGGCUCAAUGUUAAUGUGUGACUUGUACUUCUUCAAAUUAAAUUCAUCAGAGAAGACCAUGCUGUUCCUCCUGCUAUCUGCCAUGAUGGCCCUCCAUACUCUGGCUCUAAUGGAAAUCCAAGUCCCAGAUCAGCCCAUGGUGGCCCUGUAUGGGAGGGACACCAUGCUAAACUGCACCUUCAGCGCAGAGAGCCCCUACAACCUGUCAGAUGUGAGCGUGUUUUGGCAGCUGACAGACACCAAGCGCAGCGUUCACGGAUUCAGUAAUGGGCAGGACCAGCUGGAGGACCAGGCAGCCAGGUUUGCCAACCGCACCUACCUGUCUCCACAGAGGCUCCUUCAGGGGAGCGCCUCCUUGCUGCUCAGAGACGUGGUGGUGGCAGAUGAGGGCAGCUACACCUGCUUUGUGAAGGUGCAGGAUUAUGGCAGUGCCGCUUUCUUUCUCCAGGUGGCAGCUCCCUACUCCCAGCCAGUGGUGACUUUGGAGCCAAAUUUUAACCAUCGGCCUGGGGACGAGGUAGCACUGACCUGUGUGGCCUAUGGUGGAUACCCCCAGGCUAAAGUUGUAUGGCGCAAUGAGGGUGGACACAACUUGACUGAAAACAUCACAACUUCACAUGUAGCCAAUGAAAAAGGGCUAUUCAGUCUCACCAGCGUUCUGACUGUGGUCCUGGAGCCCAGCAGCACCUACAGCUGUCAGCUUAUCAAUCCACUGCUCGGUGAGGAGGGCAAGGCCUUUGUCUCCAUCUCAGGUCAGAGCUCGGCGUUCCCUCCGGUGGCUCUGUGGGUGACUGUGGGCCUGGCCGUGUGUCUGCUAGUGCUGCUCAUCGCCCUGGCUGCUGUUUGCCGCCGUAAGAUCAAAGAGAGCUGCGAAGAAGCCAGGAGAGAAGCAGAAGAGGCCAAGGAGCUUGAAGAGGAGGAGUCAAAGACAGCAAUGACCCUACUGAAAAGCUAAACCCAGCUCGGAGAAAGAUGCUGGCACCAGGCAGUGGCUAGCAGAUGAGUCUGGCGGGUAAUCCCAAACCACCUAUCUAUCAACCUGGAGACUAUUUCCAGCUUCCCCUACAGAAUGUCAAAGCCUCAGCGAGCAGAAGAUGAGUCCAUCAUUUCUCUCAAAGACUUUCCUCUCGAGUUUCCAUCAAAACACAUAAACUCAUCACAUACCAUUAUUUUUCCAUUAUCCUCCCCCCUGUCAAUGGUGAGCCAGCGGCGAAUGAGCGAGUUCACUUCUAUUGUAUGCAGGAUGCAAAGGAGAUCUACACAAUGUGACAGACUGCUUUGGCUCUGAAUGGCCUCUGAUGGGGCUGGUGCCAGAGAUCUUGGCUCUAAUGGGAAGCGAGACACUUAAAAAGAGAUGACCCUGCCUUUGUUGCCAUCACUGUCUCUUUGCCAGAGAGGGAGUCCAGCUCUUCUAUUACUCCUGCACUUGCUAAUUAGCGUCUGUCACUAGAGUAACUUGUACCUGUCAGUGCUCGCUGCUCUCCUAUAUUCACUAACUUGAGGCAAUUGAAAUUGAAUGCCAGCUAAGCUCCAACAAACUGCAAAUGGUGCAUGGGAUACACCCUGAUUUCCACACUGGCCUGACAGCCUCAUAUGUAUGAAAUGGUUUUAAUGAAUGAACCAUUAUGUAAACAAUUUUUUGUUACAGUUGUACAAUCCUGGGUCACACUUUACUUUGCAGUACCUGUUACGAUGUAACAACAUGUCAUUACAUGGUAGCAGGGGUUAAAGCAGCACUGUGUAAGGUUUUGGUGGUGCCACCUUCAUGACUUCAUAGAGUUAACUUAAAAUCAAACUUUGGAACAAGCAGUUGUGUAGCAUUAAGCGCUUUGUGUUGCAUUAUUGUAUGAAAAGUGCUCUAUAAAUAAAGUUUGAUUGAUUGAACAUUCACCAGAAAACUUAAGUCUGUAGAGAGAAAAGUCUCCUCACAGCAAGAGAGUAUGUUUUUAAGUGCAAUACAAAACACCAAUGAUAAAAAAAAUUGCUUUUUGGGUUAAAGAGAUCAGGUUGCAUGUUAUUGUUACAUGUUGUUACAUGGUACUAGAUGAGGUGGAUACAUUAAAUUCAAGGUACUGUAAAAUAAAGUGUUACCUAAUCUUUUUAUAUAGCUCUGUGCUGACGAUUGUUAUGUUGUGUUUUUGGUACUUGAGCUGCCUUUGCCUUCCAUCCAUUUAUGAUUACCAAAGCCAUUUGUGUCAAAUAAAACAGUGCCUAUUUACAUUAAAGAGACAGAGUGAAAGUG